AUGAAUAUGACCAGGGGUGAAUUCCAAUCAAUGAGCGCGAUGCACAGCGUUCUGCCAGAAUUUGUCCCAAGGCCCAUCGCUUGCGGCACCUACGGGACGAUGGCAGACACCCACUUCUUCCUCUGCGAGUUUCGAGAAAUGACCGACGAUAUGCCCGACCCUCACAAGUUUGCCGCUCUUCUGUCAACACUGCACCAGAAAAGCAUAUCGCCUACUGGCAAGUUUGGAUUCCACGUCACCACCUACGCAGGAAAUCUACCUCAGUUCGUGGCAUGGGAGGAUAGCUGGGAGGCAUUCUUCGCCAAGAGCAUGAGACAGGCGCUUGACCUGGAGAUUGAAAGAAAAGGUCCUAGUGAGGAGCUCAAUGUCCUCUCCCGUGCUCUGUUCAAAAAGGUCAUCCCGAGGCUCCUGGGGCCUCUUGAGAGUGACGGUAGAGUUGUGAAACCUUCACUUGUUCAUGGAGACCUUUGGUACGCAAAUGCAGGGAUUGAUGUCGACAGCGACCAGUCUCUCGUCUUUGAUGCCUGUUGCUUCUUUGCGCACAACGAAUAUGAGUUUGGCCAGUGGCGACCGGCUUGCAAUAGGUUUGGGGAUGAAUACGUUGCUGCCUACAACACAUACGCCCAGAUUUCGCCGCCGAAAGAGGAUUUUGAAGGCCGCCUAGACCUCUAUAGGCUGAGGUUUGACACACAUGUAUCAGCGCUUUUUGUUGAUAACGAGGCACUUCGCACACAGGUCCUUAAUGUUAUGAGAGAUCUGGUCCAGAGAUAUGGUUAG